GCCAUGUAUUGAAAUCGAAGCAGGACAAGUAAACGAUAGCGGUGAGUGAAAUAUAUAUAAAAAAAAUAAGUCAGCAAGUUGAACCUCUGCGAGCUAUUUUGCGGCUGCGAGAUGAUUCCCACAACACAGCCAAGCCCAACCUGUUCAAACGAGAGGCGGCCGACCAGCUUAUGAGACAAAAUGUCGGCAAGGACGAGUGGUAAAACACUGAGUGGGCGACAACAAGCCAGCAGAUCCCAUGAAGCUUCAGACUCACAAAGCAAAACUCAAAUCAGCACACAGGAGACUCCCAAGAGGAAGCUUCGUGGAAAAUCUAGAAAGAAAGAUGUAACACCAGACUAUCAGACUCCAGCCAGGCGAGAUACAAGGAGUAGUGAAAGGUCUGCAAGGAGAGCAUCCAGACUAUUUAGUGUGCCUCGCAGAACACCACGUAUGCUGGGGCGAGCCACACCCUACAGAACUCCUAGACUGGCCACAUUGCCACGGCAAAGAAUUACUGGCCCUUCUUCCGUAAAAAAGGCAGAUGCAAAAGUGUGGAAAGGGCAUCUUCAAGCACUUCUGAAUAAAACUAUGAAGAUAUGCAAUCUUAGUUCCUUGGCCAACUUCAAGUACAACAAUGAGAGACUAAGAGUGAAGUAUGAGAAGAUCUUAAAAAAUAGGGUGAUGGAAGUUUACCCAAGUGGACAAAUGGAAGUCAAGCUCACUACUACUUCCUGCCUCUCCUGGAAGUCAUCUGUUGUGGAUGCUGUUUGGCUUGAAGUGACAUCAUUAUUUCCCGGGGACACUCCUGGCGAGGAUAAGUUGGUAGUGGUGUACAGUGCUUGGCUGUUUCGUACAGUCAGUGUCCAGAGUUCCAGUCUGGAAAAUGUGGACUGGUUGCCUGUCAUGCUUUACUCAGGACGAGAGUUAAUUCAUCAAGUGGUUGUGAAUUGGCUGCAGGGGUCAUUUGAAUGCUAUGUUGCACGAUCUGGAAUGCAACAAAGUGACUUCCUCUGGAUUGCAGGUGUUUGGACUAGCAACAACUGUCUUGACUCAUUUCAUAGCCAAGGAGAUGCCAAAGUAGAAUUCACCUAUAUGAUUAUCUCACCACCUGGCAUGAGCAACUUCUCCAAUCCAAAUGAUAGGGGGAGGCCUAGAAUUGUUAUCAAGGUUCUACUUAAGGAUGUUCAUGAGGUUUGGAACAGAAUGGUGGACAGCAGCAAGAAUGAGGUGACCAUAGAAGACCUACAAGGAUAUUUAUCUGCAAUAAACAGUAUGGCAGCUUCACUCACUGGUUUGCCCAUGUCACUACUAAGGCUACAUCAUCUACAAACUCCUUGUGUUACCCUCAGCAGCAGUGGAAAGGUGCGACUGAUGUGUCAGCGGAGCGUCACAUCAGUGAUCCAGAGUUUUUUGGAUGUCUUCCUCCAGAGAACUACUACUUAUAAAUCAGAGAACUAUUUGCAGGAUCUGGACCAGGCUGACAGCAUUGCAGAACUGAACAACAAUUAUGAAUGAAUCUGACUGCAUGGAGACAUUAUGAAGUGUAUAGUGAUCACAUUGACCAAUUUGUUGAAUUUUUGUCAAAAUAUUUUAUUCUUUGGGGAAUUUUACAGUAAUAGUAAAUUAAAAUAGAUUUCAAGUUUUUACAAUUAUGUUUGGAUUUUCUGAAAGAACUUUUUCUUUCUGGGAGAGUGUCUCGUAUCUUGGGUAGCACUUGUUUGCCACCCUCUUGACAUGGUUCUCAGACUUGCAGCCAAGGAAUUAUUGCUGCCAACACCCCAGACCUUAUUCAUUUUCUCAUUUAAACCAGAAGUACUAGGAUUUGUUAUUGAAUAGAUACAGGGGUUAAUGAAGGCUACUGUGACCACACCCCAACUCUUUCGUCAGGCUCACACCCAUUUCCACCAACACCUCAUCAAACUCAUGAAAGCUGACCCUUACAACUACAGUAAACCCUUUCCAUAACGAACCAUUUGGGGGAGUGGGGUGACAUUUUAUCCAUCUUGAGGACUGAACUUUGAAAGCUAAAUAAAAAAAUAAUAUUUUAUAUAUAUAUAUAUA